UAAUUUAAGUGAAUUGACAGGAAAGAUAUUAGCUUUAAGAAAAAUAUUUCACAAAGAAUUACAAUUUUCUUCUUACUGGGCAAUUCCGGUUUAAGAAUUUUUUAGCAAUAUGGUUCAAGAGCUAAACAAUGGAUUUAGGCGGCUGUUUGGGUCGCGGCUUCUCGGUUGUCGGCACGAUUUGCGACUCCGGAGGAGAGGGAGGAGUUGGUUUUAUGUUGGAUUGGUUAAGAAUAUGAUUGCGCAAUGGGAAAAUAGGCGGAGCUAGACGAGAAAUCUAUACAAAGAUAUGGUGCAUAUUAAAAAUGCACCAGAAUUUUUUAGCAAACAAUGGAAAUGUAUAGUACUGCCUGUAAAGAAGCACUCACAGCAAAAACAAGGGAAAGAGAACUCCAGCUGUGGAAAAUGGAAGAAGAAUGGAGAUUUGAAGAGGCACGGCUUGCCGAGGAAGCUGCGUUAACGAUAGCCGAACAUGAGAAAGCUAAGUCGAAAGCAGCGAUGGAAGCGACCGAAUCGGCUCGGAGAAUUGCGGAACUUGAAUCACAGAAAAGAGUGAAAGCUGAGAUGAAAGCGCUCAAGGAACAAGCGGAAAAGACCAAGGCACUUGAUGCACUAGCACAAACAAAUUUCAAGUACAGGAAGUGCACGAUAAACUCCAAUAACCGUUCUUUGAUCGUUCAUGGUGUAAAUCACCGUCAUCAUUAUGAUCAUCGUUGUCCUGUGAUCGAAGCCCAACCUUCCCCUCGUCGUGAAGCUUCACCGUUGGCUGUGGAGGACAAACCAUGA